GGCACUGAGUAAUGUAGCCAUUUCUGACCCGGCAGCAGGGAAAAUGUGAGACAAUUUGCUGCUGCUGGAAGGAGGUCAGCUGAGGCUGUGUUCCUGCAAGAGCAGAUUGACUUCACUGCGGUGGACCGGGCAUCGGAACAAGCCAAAAUGGACGACAGUAUGGAUACAAAAUCCAUUCUAGAAGAACUUCUUCUCAAAAGGUCACAGCAAAAGAAGAAAAUGUCACCAAAUAAUUACAAAGAGCGGCUUUUUGUUUUGACCAAAACAAACCUCUCCUAUUAUGAAUAUGACAAAAUGAAAAGAGGUAGCAGAAAAGGAUCAAUUGAUAUUAAGAACAUCAGAUGUGUGGAGAAAGUCAAUCUUGAGGAGCAGACCCCUGUGGAGAGACAGUACCCAUUUCAGAUUGUCUAUAAAGAUGGGCUUCUCUAUGUCUAUGCAUCAAAUGAAGAGAGCCGAAGUCAGUGGUUGAAAGCGUUACAAAAUGAGAUAAGGGGCAACCCCCACCUGCUGAUCAAGUACCACAGUGGGUUCUUCGUGGACGGGAAGUUCCUGUGCUGCCAGCAGAGUUGCAAAGCGGCCCCGGGAUGUACUCUCUGGGAAGCAUAUGCUGAUCUGCACAUUGCAACAAAGGAAGAGAAACUGAGAAUUCCCGCCUUCCCAGACAGAAUGCUGAAGAUUCCUCGAGCAGUUCCUAUUUUCAAAAUGGAUGAACCAUCCUCAAGUACCACUCUAGUCCAGUAUGAAAGUGACUCAAAGAAAAGCUAUGACUCCCAGCCAAACGUCAAUAUGCAGUAUGUUCCAAGGGAAGAUUGCCCUGACUGGUGGCAAGUAAGAAAACUGAAAAGCAGUGAGGAUUUUGCAUGCAGCAACCAAAGAGAAAAAAAUGUGAAUCACAGCACCUCAAAGAUGUCAUGGGGAUUCCCUGAGUCAAGUUCAUCUGAAGAAGAGGAAAACCUGGAUGACCAAGACUGGUUUGCAGGUAACAUCUCCAGGUCACAAGCUGAACAGUUACUGAGACAAAAGGGAAAAGAAGGAGCAUUUAUGGUUAGAAAUUCCAGUCAAGUGGGAAUGUACACAGUGUCUUUAUUUAGUAAGGCUGUGAAUGAUAAGAAAGGAACCGUCAAACAUUACCAUGUGCAUACAAAUGCUGAGAACAAAUUGUACCUGGCAGAAAACUACUGUUUUGAUUCCAUUCCAAAGCUUAUUCACUAUCAUCAACACAAUUCAGCAGGCAUGAUCACACGACUCCGCCACCCUGUGUCGACCAAGGCCAACAAGGUCCCCACCUCCGUGUCUUUGGGAAGUGGAAUCUGGGAACUGAAAAGAGAAGAGAUUACCCUGUUGAAAGAGCUGGGAAGUGGACAGUUUGGAGUAGUCCAUUUGGGCAAGUGGAAAGGGCAGUAUGAUGUUGCCAUUAAGAUGAUCAAGGAGGGCUCCAUGUCAGAAGAUGAAUUCUUCCAGGAGGCUCAGACCAUGAUGAAACUCAACCAUCCCAAGCUGGUGAAAUUCUAUGGAGUGUGCUCAAAGAUAUACCCUAUAUACAUAGUGACUGAAUAUAUAACCAAUGGCUGCUUGCUUAAUUAUCUGAAGAGUCAUGGAAAAGGACUUGAAACCUACCAGCUCUUAGAAAUGUGCUAUGAUGUUUGUGAAGGCAUGGCCUUCUUGGAGAGCCACCAGUUCAUACAUCGGGACUUGGCUGCUCGGAACUGCUUGGUGGACGGUGAUCUCUCUGUGAAAGUAUCUGACUUUGGAAUGACAAGGUAUGUUCUUGAUGACCAGUAUGUCAGCUCAGUAGGAACCAAGUUUCCGGUCAAGUGGUCAGCCCCAGAAGUGUUUCACUACUUCAAAUACAGCAGCAAGUCAGACGUAUGGGCAUUCGGGGUCCUGAUGUGGGAAGUGUUCAGCCUGGGGAAGCAGCCCUACGACUUGUACGACAACUCCCAGGUGGUUGUGAAGGUCUCCCAGGGCCACAGGCUCUACCGGCCCAAACUGGCAUCGGACACCGUCUACCAGAUCAUGUACAGCUGCUGGCAUGAGCUUCCAGAAAAGCGUCCCACAUUUCAGCAACUUCUGUCUUCCAUUGAACCACUUCGGGAAAAAGACAAGCCUUAAAGAAGAAACUAGGAGAUCUGAUAAGAAUGGACAUAAAUGUUAGCCAACAUCUUCAUUCUUUUUAAGGAAAGUAGCAAGGCACAGAUGACCUAAUUUAGUGAGUUCUUCUUACUGGUAUUCUGUGUGCUGUUUGUUAUAUGAUCUAGAAAUGAAUAAAGUAAGAAAGAAAAGAUUUCCUUGAAAUUUAGGUCAAAUUAAUAAUUUUGUUUAUGCUGCUCUUAAUAUUAUAAUUCCAAGCCUAUAGCAGAAGCACAUUUCCUGAUUGCAGUAAAGAGGGCAUAUACCACAUGUAAAGAUUGAACAGAACUGAAAAAUUAUUUGUUCCAUAUUUGUUCUUUUCUUUAUAUCAUCACUCCCAUGAUAAUUAAAUAUGCUAUUAAUAAGUACAAAAUGUGGACAUUUGCCUUCAUGUUUCAAUGUUCUCAAUCUUUAGCAUGCAUGUGAAUCAAAUGAAGAGUUUAUUAAAACACAGAUUCCUAGGAACUACCCAAGAGAUUCUGGUAGAGCAGGUCUGAGUGCAGCCAGAGAAUCUACAUUUUUAACAAGUGUCAAUAUGUUCCUGUGCAGACAGUCAGAACUGCCCUAGGAGACCUCAUUAUAUGAUGGGCAUCACUAGGUGGUCCACAACUUAAUCCAAAUAACACAAUUCUCAUCACAGAUCAUUGUCAAGCUUCACUUGGAGCUUAGAUUAGAACAAUGACUUUAUGUCACCAUGUACACAAAUAGAAAACUAAAGUUCAACAAUAUUAUCUAUAUUAAUAAAAGGGUAAUGUGCUAAUUAUACCAGGUCGACCGGACAUUUUCCAGACAUUCUGCCUUCCUUCCAAACAAAGCCACAGUGGUGGCGGCCAAGGCAGAGGCGGUUAGGGGUGAUCAAGCUGGCAGGGGAGGGCAGUUAGGAGUGAUCAGGCCAGAACGCAGGUGAGUGGUUAGGAGCCAGCGGUCCUGGAUUGGAGAGGGUGCAGGCCAGGCUGAGGGAUCCUGCCACCAUGCUUGAAUUUUGUGCACUGGGCCUCUAGUUCCAUAAUAUGUUUACUAUGUUUCACAUAGAGUAAAUUUUAAAAGGUGCUAAGGUAUAACUGUGCCUUUUUCCUUACCGUUAACCAAUAUCAAUCUCAACUCAAGUGUAACCAAGAUCUUAUAUCUAGAAUUGAUAAGAUUGUUGCUUUCUAAUCAUUUUAAAUCCUUGAGUUUUGGGCCCUAGGGCUUCUGGCCAGUUUGACAACUGAAGUUUCUAUUUCGGUCUUCCUUCUUGACACAAAGGUGCAGAAGUAUGAGUUUAGUUUCUCAUGGCUAUUAUUAAAAUAUACUUUAGCUUUAAAACUCUUCCUGAGAAUUCCCUCCUUCACAGCCUGCUGCUGAACCCAUAGGUUUUCAUCUCUCUUGGAUUCCUUCAUUAUCAUCUCUAUAAUGUCAAGAAGGGAAAGAGAGGUUAUGCUGAGGGCACUAUUACAAUGGAAAGACGCCCAAAUUAAGCCCUGCUACUACUUUCUAGCUAUAAGUUAAUAAUCUCCCUCAAGAGACAUUCAUACCCUUUCUUGUCCCACUAAUCCCCUCACCUCCC